CAAUUACACAUGGGCAUGUUGCAACAAACAAGAGAUGAAAAACUUGUGUGCGAGGUGUGCCGAUGGCAGGAUGCUCCUCUGGAGAUAGAACAUGGUGGUGGACCAGAAUCUUCAUCGUCGACGUCACUACUCUCAUUUACAAUCUGUCUGCAAUUUUCAAAGUACCAACGACCCCACCAUCUUCGUCUCCUAAUCCCACUUCCGACCCCUCCUCUCAAACGCACUGAACCUUCUCCUACGUCAGGCUAUCGACCACCAAAUCAUGUUCACCGCCACCACCAUUUCCGCUUCUUUCUCAUCAAUGGAGAUAACAAAGACCUUCAAUCGGCGGACGCCACCGCGUUUCCGAGCAUCCGCGGAGGUUUUCCCUUCGUUUCUGCCCAAAGAUGUCGAGAAAAUCAAGGACCCGUUUGCUCGAAAAUUAGCUUCCAGAAUUGAGAGAUUACCGGUGGAGCUUACCAGCUCAAACAAUUGUAUUAUGAGUAGUUGCGUGAAGCCAAUGAUCGAGGCUUCGACCAAUCCACUUGUUCUGCUUCACGGGUUUGACAGCUCUUGUUUAGAAUGGAGAUACACACUUCCGCUUCUCGAGCAGGCUGGUUACGAGACGUGGGCAAUUGAUAUUCUGGGAUGGGGGUUCUCUAACUUAGCAAAGCUUCCACUAUGUAACGUGGAUUCCAAGCGUGAUCACCUCUAUCAGUUCUGGAAAUCGUACAUCCGGAGGCCUAUGUUGCUAGUUGGGCCGAGUCUUGGAGCAGCGGUUGCAGUUGACUUUGCUGUCAAGCAUCCAGAAGCAGUUGAUAAACUGAUUUUGAUCGACGCAAGUGUUUAUGCAGAAGGCACGGGAAACCUCUCUAAGUUACCUAAGUUUGUAGCUUAUGCCGGAGUCUCUCUGCUAAAGAGCCUCCCGUUGCGUAUUUACGCUACUUCUCUGACGUUUAAAUCUCUGCCAUUCACUACAUGCUUGGAUUGGACUCGAAUCGGACGUUUACAUUGUCUAUUACCAUGGUGGGACGAAGCUACGGUCGACUUUAUGAACAGCGGUGGAUACAACGUCACUGCCCAAAUUCAUCAGGUUCUGCAGAAAACGCUCAUAAUAUGGGGCGAAGAUGAUCAAAUCAUCGACAGCAAACUUGCGGUGCAAUUACAUUCUGAGCUUCCGAGUGCCAUAAUUCGCCAAAUACCAGAAUGCGGUCAUAUCCCACACGUUGAGAAGCCAGAUGCGGUCGCAAAGUUGAUCAAGGAUUUCAUCACGACCAGCGCUCUUCCGUCGUUUGCAAAACAGGAAGAGAAGGAAUUGGUUCGUCAACUUGAAUAGUUAUACUAGUCGUAAUCUUCAUGUGUUCCUUGAACCUUUUUCGAGCACAUGCAAGAAUUCCUUCAUCGCAGUUUGACUAAAUCGUUGUUUGUAGAGAUUUGGCAUUCGGUAAAUUAGAAAUGUGUGCUCUGUGCGUUUAAUCGUUCUUCCGAUCUUUAAAAGUUGUCGUAAAUCA